GCUGGAGCCGCCGCCGCCGCCGCUUCCCGCCGCGCAGGCUAGACCACAGCUCCUCGGAUGCCACGACGGUGUCACUCAGCAAAGCAGCCCGACCGAGCGUGGGUCCGCGUGCGGGAACCCGCGGGGCUCAGCCGGACGCUAGCCCCCUACCGCCCCCGGCCCCGCCAGCCGCGCCCACUAGCAACGUGCUCGCGACCGCCAGUUGCCCGCUCAGCGAAGCUUCUGCAUGCCGCGCGCGGCACGUCGGGACUCGUAGUUCCGGCGUGGAGGACGUGCGUCGCGGCAACUCUCGCCUGAGCGCCGCCACGUGACUCUCCCACCUCCGGAAGUCACGUAAGCAGACACGCGUGGCGCGGACCGCCGUUUCCGCAAACAGAAUCGCGUUUGGCUGUGCUGUGUUGGUUCAUGAAGUUUUACUGUCAAUUCAAGUAAUCAUAAAUGGCAAAUUCUACAAAAGCGGAGGAAUAUGAAAAGAUGUCUCUUGAACAGGCAAAAGCGUCAGUGAAUUCUGAAACAGAGUCUUCAUUCAAUAUUAAUGAAAACACAACAGCUUCUGGGACUGGGCUUUCUGAAAAGACUUCUGUCUAUAGGCAAGUAGACACAGCAAGAAAGAGAAAAGAGUUUGAAGAUGAUCUUGUAAAGGAAAGUUCUAGUUGUGGGGAAGACAUUCCAUCCAAGAAGAGAAAACUUGAUCCCGAAAUUGUCCCAGAGGAAAAAGACUGUGGUGAUGCUAAAGGCAAUUCAAAGAAAAGAAAAAGAGAAACCGAGGAUGUUCCAAAAGAUGAAUCUUCUAUUGGAGAUGGCACUCAAAAUAAGAGAAAAAUAGCACUUGAGGAUGUUCCUGAAAAGCAGAAAAAUCUGGAAGAAGGACACAGCUCAGCAGUGGCUGCCCAUUACAAUGAACUUCAGGAAGUUGGUUUGGAGAAGCGUAGUCAAAGUCGUAUUUUUUACCUAAGAAACUUUAAUAAUUGGAUGAAAAGUGUUCUCAUUGGAGAAUUUUUGGAAAAGGUACGACAGAAGAAAAAACGUGAUAUCACUGUUUUGGACCUGGGAUGUGGUAAAGGUGGAGAUUUGCUGAAAUGGAAAAAAGGAAGAAUUAACAAGCUAGUUUGUACUGAUAUUGCCGAUGUUUCUGUCAAACAGUGUCAGCAGCGGUAUGAGGACAUGAAAAAUCGUCGUGAUAGUGAAUAUAUUUUCAGUGCAGAAUUUAUAACUGCUGACAGCUCAAAGGAACUUCUGAUUGACAAAUUUCGUGACCCACAAAUGUGUUUUGACAUCUGCAGUUGUCAGUUUGUCUGUCAUUACUCAUUUGAGUCCUAUGAGCAGGCUGACAUGAUGCUGAGAAAUGCAUGUGAGAGACUUAGCCCUGGGGGCUAUUUUAUUGGUACUACUCCCAAUAGCUUUGAAUUGAUAAGACGCCUUGAAGCUUCAGAAACAGAAUCAUUUGGAAAUGAAAUAUAUACUGUGAAAUUUCAGAAGAAAGGAGAUUAUCCUUUAUUUGGCUGCAAAUAUGACUUCAACUUGGAAGGUGUUGUGGAUGUUCCUGAAUUCUUGGUCUAUUUUCCAUUGCUAAAUGAAAUGGCAAAGAAAUACAAUAUGAAACUAGUCUACAAAAAAACAUUUCUAGAAUUCUACGAAGAAAAGAUUAAGAACAAUGAAAAUAAAAUGCUGUUAAAACGAAUGCAGGCCUUGGAGCCAUAUCCUGCGAAUGAGAGUUCUAAACUUGUCUCUGAGAAGGUGGAUGACUAUGAACAUGCAGCAAAGUACAUGAAGAACAGUCAAGUAAGGUUACCUUUGGGAACCUUAAGUAAAUCAGAAUGGGAAGCUACAAGUAUUUACUUGGUGUUUGCCUUUGAGAAACAGCAGUGAGCACAUAGGCAGGAGUCCCAGAGGGGCUGUGUUCUGUCCUGCACAAAUUUGAACAACUCAUCUCGAUAUAUUUGAUAUUUCUCUGUUUGUUGAUUUUAAUUCUAAAUGUGCAGGAUGCUGCCAGAAACUCCAGUGUAGAAAUUCAACAUUUGCUGUCUGUGACAGAUGAACUUUCGCAUGUGUAUAUAAGAAUGAGUUGGGACCUCUGUCUUUAAAAAUCUAUUUUUAGGUAAUGUUCUAAGGUUUCCAUUUGCCUCUAUGAUUUUAGCUCAUAAAAAUAUAAUAUGACUUGUUAAAGCAACUAAACUCUUUCCACAGUGCUCAGAUUUGUCCUGUGUGUGUUUACGGUAUCCAAUUUAUUGCAGUUGUAGAAUUGGUCAGAGAGCGUUUUCAUAGUAUGCUCAUUUCUAUGGUUUUGUUAUAUAGCAUUUUUCAACAUUUAAUGGUCUGUACAGUUCAAUGUAAGUGUUCAAUAUGUAUUGUUAAGUUAUAAAUUUAAAACUCAAUUUCAGAUGCUCAUAAAAGUUACUUAGCUAAAAUUUUAGCAAUUUAUUGCAUUUUGAAAUAAUCAUUAACAUGCUGCAAUUCAGGAGCUGGUUAGAACAUCUUAAGUGGCAGCAUAGAAUUUUGGAAUUUUGGGGCUUUCUUUUGAGAAAUUGCUACCAUAGCAAUUAAUAUUUCCAGUUAUCAAGAUUGUGAUUAGACACAUUUACCUUUCUUCAUUGAACAAAUGGUGCCAUAGUUAUUUUUCUCAAAAUUUAGUGAAAAUCCCUCCCAUGUAAACAUGUUGCACAUUUUUUCCAAAUUUAUACACGGAACUGCAAUAGGAAUAUUCUCACCAUCUGAUGCCAUGUACCCACUUCAGAAAUAAGCAAUACCUGUUCCUCUGUUACAACCUCAGCACUUUGCACCAUAGGAGCCAUUGUUAAAAUUGUCACUUGUGUAAUUGACUGCUUUUCCAAAACUGGUACUUAUGUGAACUGUUGUCCUUACUUUACACCACCAUUUGGAAAACUUGCCAGUUUUUAGAUGUAGAUGUAGUGAAGAACUUCAAGAAUGAAGCAGAGCAAUUGAGUAUUCUUUUUUAAAUUAUUAAGCCAUGAUUUACAAAAACAUUACUUUCUGUAUUAAUUCACAAUACUUGUUUUAAAAACAUAGUGUCUUCGUUAGUGUACAUCUGUUAACUGUUCAUGGUGUAAGAGUUGCAAACUUUUUAGCAAGAAAAUAUGGGUUUCCUCAUUUCAGUUCCUUCUGCAGCCUGUGAAUCUCCACAAAGUGUUACCAGUUUACAAAAAUAAGUCUUUUUGCCUUAAGUCAUUUGGGAAAUAAGUAAUACUGCAUCUGACUCUGGUGGCUGUCAUUAGCUAGGAAAGGUUUGUAAAUGAUGCCAGUGAGGUAGGGAAAGGAAGUCUUCCUGUCACAUAUGCAGGUUCGUUUUCAUUCUAGGGCAGUGCCAGGAAGUAUAUUGAUAGCUUUGUAGGUACAGGGAAAGCAUCAUCAUUAUUUCCUCUGUUCACAUUUACUGGUCUUAAUUAACAGGUAAUAAUAAUGCAUGUACUUUUAGCCUGAAACCUCUUCCACGCCAUGGGUAAUUUGGGGGAGAGAAGAAUCCUCCAAACGAUGGAGUAGCCAGUGGUAAUACAAAGCAGGGAGAACAGAAAGGUAAAGUUCCUAAGUAAGGCCUUCAGUGAACAGAAAGGAGCAGAGAGCAAGAUUAGAUCUGAGAAGAUGCUCUGGGGACCGAGCCCACUGUUGUUGGUGUCGGGGAGGCGUACUGGAGCCACACCUGCAGGCACUGUGUUCAGGCACCACCUUCCUCCUUGAGCUUUGCCUGUCUCUUGCCUUACCAGUUCUUCCUCCACCACCCCGCACCCCCCUCCCCCCGCCCCAAGCCCCUGUGUCUCCAUGUUACAAUUAAGUUUCUGGACAUUGACUUACGAACUGUUAGGAAGAGGACUAGAAAAGGCAUGCCUAUCCUCUCCGAUCACCAAGGUGGAAGGGAGCUAGUAGGACUCUUCCUCGAUACACCUUGCGUCUAAAUGUUCGCUAUUCUAUUCAGGACUUAUGGUAACUAUUAGGGGGGCAUGGCUUUCCACCGUCGGGCCAGGAAGAGCACCUGUUGCCGCAAGCUCAGUGAAGUGGGGCACUCCCAGACCUGCCAUGCAGUUUAUCCUCUGAGAAUGGAAUUAGAAAUGAAGACCUAACCAGCUAUUGGUGGGAAUGACGGAACUGGGGAUUGCAACGAUUGAUCUGGGAACAUGGCUGGAUUGUGAUUUAACCAAGAAUGCUGAUGUUGAAUUCUUUGGGCCUAGAAUAUACUUGAGAAAGCACUAGUGGCUUGUGUUCAGGGAGAGGAGCUGGCAGUUUUUAACCACUUCUGAGGGAGCCGUGUUCUAACCUGCGGAAAGUAUUGCAAUUCUGUGAGAGUGACUCUCUGCAGAGUCACUGCACCAUCAGGCUUGGCCCUGCUGUGCCUUCAGUACCCAGCCAGGCUCUCUGGGUCCAGGGUGACUCUCCAAAGAAAUUGGCCUUCAGCUGGAGAAAACAUUGGGUGGAGACUCUCACUUAUGUUGAUGCAUUCUUGAAAUGACUGAAAGGUAGAUUGCCAGCACAGUGAGUUUCCCAGCCUGCUCCCCCAUCCACACUUGGAAAUUGAGGGAGCGUGACGGCUGUCUGACUUCACAUGUUAAUAGAGGAUCAGAGCAGAGUUGGGAGUAUACUGGUCAGCAUCACAGAAAAGAAGACAAAGUUGCCCAGCCAUGAGAUGGCCAGGUAUCCAGUUUUGUUAACUCUCUUGGGAAUUUCUUUUUCAGCCUGUUUUUUAGCUUAGUGCCAUUAUGUCAUUUUGAUUUGUAUUCAAGUACUCUUCAAGAGUCUUUGUGAUGAAGGUGUGGCUACUUGUAUAGGUCUGCCUGCAGGGUGAAAAUGCCAGUGUGAAUAUUCUAGCUACCGAACAUUGUUUUUUGUUGAAAAACUGACUUUCUGUUGUCUACCUCAGGCCUUGUGCAUUUGGGUUAUCUCGAGCCAGUCACCACAGAGGGUCUCUAGGGUCUGCAAAAUAGAGGCCAAAUCCAGGGACCAGGCCCCAAUAAUAGAAGUUGUACCAAAAUGCCUGUGGUACUUGAUGGCCUGUUGGUCAAAUAGGAAGUACAAGUGUGUGAUGUUAGAACCUCCCUAGUUGCUGCUAUAUCAAACACUGCACACUUGACAAGUGUUUUCAUUCCCCACCCUCUGACAGAACGACAUUCCUAAUUCUUUGAAGGCAACCAGUGCGAAGGCUACUACACUUGUGUAAUGAUAUUUAGCAGAUACAUACAGGACUGGAUCCCAGGGCACUGUCAGUUCUUCCCUCCCUCUUGUGCUUCUCAGUUUGUCCCCUGCUCCCAUGUAGGCCUAAAGUCACCCCACUCCUUAGUGCCUGUGCCUCACCAUGGUAUUGAGGAAGCACAGGACACCCAAGGGUACUCUCCACAGUUUGGCUGUGGAGACUUGAGCAAGCCCUAAAAUACGCUGCUCCCUGGACUUCUCCUGGGUUGUGCUUUUUUGGGGGCAGCAUACCUUGGACAAAGCUGAGCUGACAGCUAAUGUUUAUUAGCCUCCUACCUAAGUCAGUCACUUUGCUAAAUUCUUCACCUGUGGUAACUCAUUUUGAUAUAACAUCUCAGCACCAUUAUUCCCAUUUUAAUGAUGAGGAAACUGAGUCAUAGAGAAUACAGACUUGCCCAAAGGACAGCCAGGAUUUUCAUACCCCCUCCUCAAGUCGGGCCUGCCCUCCAAGUGCUUGUUAUAUACCUCCACGGGUGUCAGCCCAGAUGACUCCUCACCCAUCCACCACCUGCAGCUUGAGAUGUUAACUAUUAGAGCUCCAUCCUUCUGGUUCAAAACGUUGAUACUUACUUAGAUGUUCCCUGGGAGGAGUGUUUGUUUCUGAGUAAGGGGCUUUGUUGAAAGAGGGGGUUAGAGAGAGCAAGACAGCACUUGAGUGCACUGGCAGGAAGCAGAGAUAAGACUUGAAUUUCAGUUUGGUAGACCUCCUCCUUUAGCAGCCCAACCUGUAGCAAAUCUAGUUUAGCCUGCAUGACAGGGAGAAGGGUUCUCUUCCCACCCUCACCAUUUGCAAGUGGCAGGAGCUGAGAAUGCCAGUACGAGAGUGUAGCCAAAGUGAGAGGCUGAGAGAGGAGACAUUUUUUUCAGUUUUGAGUCGAGUAUCCAGACAGAGGCAAAUCAUUUUGUUUAACUUUUUAUUAAAGUGUAACUAUAGAAACACAUCAAUGAUUUUUCACAAAUGGAGCACAUGCAUACAAUCGGCACCCCAGAAGCCCCCUGUCAGAUUCCCUUCCAGUUAACUACCUCUCCAAGGGAAACCACUAUCCUGAGUUCUAAGAGCAUAGAUUAGUUCUGUCUGGUUUGGGGAGAUAUAUAAAUGGAAUUAUGCAUUCUUUGUAUCAGGUUUCUUUUCACCAAUAUUUGUGAGAUUUUUGUUGCAUGUAUUUGUACAUGGUUUUUCAUUCUCAUGGUUGUAUAAUAUUCCAUUGUGUGAAUAAACCACAUACUAUUUAUCUGA